AUAUAGAGCUUCUACAUUCCACCACAGAUAGAUAUAAUAUAGAGAGAGAAACAAAACUGUUUGUGUGUGUCUGUGAAGACAGAAGAGAGAGAAAGUAUCUGUCUUUGUGUGUGUUGUGCUGCUGUGCUGUCAUUUUGUUCCAAAAGCAUCAUUCAGUUACAGUUACAAGUAGAUUCAGAUUUUUCACAACUCAAUAUAGAACAAAAACAUGGGAUAGACAAAAAAAGUUUGAUUCCUUUUAGCUUACUUUUCAAGAUAUUUAUAUACUUUUUUUUUCCAUGGCUGUUACUGUGAAACCCUCUUGAAGAAUAUCAUCAAUCAGGGUGACAUUUUAACGGUACUUUAGUCAUCAAAUAAAGUAGUUAGUCUUCAUACGUCAAUUAUGGUGAGAUAAACUGCUGUAUAAAUGAAGCUUCUCUCCAGCUCACUGCUAUGGAUUAAGAGUUCAAACAUUGUGUUGUUUAAUAACUUAGUAGUCUUAUCAAUGGGAUUUGGAAAUUGAAUUUAACAUAAUAGGUAAAUGAUUUUUACAUGAUGUUGAGUUUCUUCUGAGUACUGUGGCAUUGUAGUAAACUCUUGCAUUCAACAUUACAAAUGAUGCAUUGAUCAGGCAAUAAAAAAUGCAGAAACAUCAAUACAAUUCCAUGGAUCCUCGAAAUGAGGAAUUCCAUUCUGCACCGCAACCGGUCCGGCAAGACCAUCUGGAUGGCAUGCAUACCAAUUCAAGGCCUCCUCCUGCCUUUAGCAUGUCAGAAAAUAAACCUGUACAUAAUUUCUCCAUACAGACGGGUGAGGAAUUCGCUCUCGAGUUUAUGAGAGAUAGGGUGAAUGUCAAGAAGCCUGCGUUUCCAAAUGUCGUGGGCGAGCCUAAUUAUUCAACAGGGUAUAUGGAAUUGAAAGGAAUCUUAGGUCAUCCAGGAUCUGAAAGUGGUUCCGAGAUUUCUAUCCUCACAAAUAUUGAGAAAGUUCCGAAAGAGUUUGACAGAAGGAAUUCUGUUCUACAUCAGGAAAGAAGUAAUUAUGGCUCAGCUCGAUCGAUUCCAAGAUCAUCAUCUAAUCAAGACAAUAACCGAGUCUUUCAAGGAAUUUCCUCCUCUGGAUCUUCUGACAACUUAUCUAUGAAGAUGAAGGUUCUAUGCAGCUUUGGUGGUAGAAUAUUACCACGUCCGGGUGACGGAAAGCUUAGAUAUGUUGGGGGUGAAACACGGAUUAUUAGUAUAAGAAAGGACAUAAGUUGGCCGGAGCUUAUGCAGAAAAUAUUAUCGAUCUAUAAUGAAACUCGUGUAAUAAAGUAUCAGCUCCCUGGAGAAGAUCUUGAUGCCCUAGUUUCGGUAUCUUCCGAUGAGGAUCUGCGGAAUAUGAUGGAGGAAUGUCAUGAUCUACAAAGAAGGAGAGGAUCGUUAAAGCUUAGGAUGUUCUUAUUCUCAAUAAAUGAAUUGGAGGAUACCCAGUUUGGUCUUGGUAGUAUGGAUGGUGGUGAUUCUGAAAUCCAGUAUGUCGUUGCUAUUAAUGGUAUGGACAUGGAAUCAAGAAGCAACUCUAUCCUUCGUCGUGGAGGAAGUUCUAAUAAUAUAAAUGAAUUGGACAGACAAAGUAUUGACAGGGAGACUAAAAGAGUUGCGGUAGAAUCAUAUGGUGUCGGUAGUUCUUCCUUAACCGGCAAUGUUAACUCGGUAUUGACAAAUCAGUCUUCACAACCGAUUUUACCAACACCCUCAAGUGCUUAUGAAGCUUAUCCGUUCUUUUACGAGGAUCCGAUCAUUCAGCAAGGGGGAGCUGGUCAAUAUCCAAUACACACUGGUCCUUUUCCUUCUAACAGUUCGGCUCUCAAUCUAGGAGAGGUUCCUGUUUCUUUGCCUACUCAUGGUGUUGUGAACCAAGGAAUCACUAGCAAAGGACAAGUAUCCAGUGAGUUGCAAGUACAAAGAAAGGGUGAUAAUGUCAUUCAUGCAGCAAAUGACCGAGUGAACGCUUUAUCAACAGAAGCACCAUAUUCUCUUCCUUUGAAUCCAUUUGAGGGAAGUUUGCAAGGUAAUUUAUCAGAGGCAUCAGUUCCAGCUGCUGUAUCAGAAGCAAUCCAUCCUGCAGUUCCAUUAGAAAACAAGAUCCCAGCUGCUGUAUCAGAAGUGCUGAAUCCUACACAGAUUUCAAGAUCUGGAGAAGAUGACUUCUAUACUGGAUCCGCAGACGCAUUCAGUCGUGCUCUUGUUGAUGCCGAGUCCAAUGUAAUUGAUUUCAGUUGCCUUGAACCACCUCCGCUUCCUAAUAGAGUAUAUUAUUCAGAGAGAGUUUUUCCCAGGGAACAUGCAGAUUUGUUGAACCGGUCUGCAAAGUCGGAUGAUGCAUAUGGUUCUCACUUACUCAUGUCAGAUUUACUUUCCGAUUUGAACCAUAUGAAUUCGGUUAAUGAAUCCAGCGACAUGUUGCACAGCGAGAAUAUGUCGAAUCUGAACACAGUGUCCAACACAUCAGCAAAGCCCUUGCAUGCAGAUGGCCAUAGCAUCAGCAGCAAACAUUUGCCUGAUGCAACAAGUCAGGUGAAUUCAAAGUUAUAUCAGCGCGUGGAUUCUGAUUUGAAGCCGGUAUUAUCAGAUAACAAAAUUUCUGAAAAUGAGACAAAUAUCUCCAAAGAUAGGCAUAAAAUUCCUCAAGUCGAUGAAACCAAGGGCAGUGAGCAUCUUGCAUUUCAUCGUGUUCCUUCUGUUGAACAUAAUGAUAAUCUAGCAUCUAAACUUCAAGAGCAAAAUUUGUCUGCAGUUCCUACAAGGGAUCCCAAUAAUGAUGCUAAAGUCCACGCUCCGCCUCUUGAUGCUAAAUCUAAACCUUCUCAAGGUGAUAUUCUGAUUGAUAUUGAAGACAGGUUUCCCCGUGAUUUCCUUUAUGACAUGUUCUCGAAAGCAGUUCAUUCUGAAGAUUCCGCAAAUAUUAGUCCAUUACCAACUGAUAGAGCAGGUUUGAGCUUAAGAAUGGAAAAUCACGAGCCUAAAAGUUGGUCAUAUUUUCAGAAGUUGGCACAUGAAGGGUUUGAUAACGUUUCUCUAAUUGAUCAGGAUAAUCUCGGUUAUUCAUCAGCUGUUAGUAAAGUAAAAGAAGGGGAUGGUAUGUUACAGCAUUCUGCACCUCUACCAGCAGAGAGUGUUAUUAUGACAGGACCCAAGGAAUCCCAUUCCCAACUAAAUUUUGUAGAGGAAAAUCAGAAAAGUUUACCUGUAACCACCAAAACCGAGGCUGUUGCUUUUCAACCAGAAAAUAACCCUUCUGAACUUAAGGGAAAUGAAAAUAAGAACGUCAACGCCACAGUGGAAAACGAUAGAGCUCAGGAGCCUGAAUAUCUUGAUGGCAAUGAUGAGACAAGGGAUGUGGUUUCAGCUCCUCCAGAUAUUAGUUUUGGGGAGUUUGACAUUAGUACUUUGCAGAUCAUAAUGAAUGCGGAUCUUGAAGAACUGAGAGAACUCGGAUCUGGUACCUUUGGAACUGUGUAUCAUGGAAAAUGGAGGGGAUCAGAUGUUGCAAUCAAAAGAAUAAAGAAAAGCUGUUUCUCCGGUCGGUCUUCAGAACAAGAGAGACUGACCAUAGAGUUCUGGCGGGAAGCUGACAUUCUUUCCAAGCUUCAUCAUCCAAAUGUGGUGGCCUUUUAUGGUGUAGUUCAAGAUGGACCAGGAGGAACAAUGGCCACGGUUACGGAGUUCAUGGUUGACGGUUCUCUUCGACAUGUUUUGCUACGUAAGGAUAGGUAUCUUGAUCGCCGCAAGAGGCUCAUAAUUGCGAUGGAUGCAGCUUUUGGGAUGGAGUAUUUACAUGCAAAAAAUAUUGUUCAUUUUGACUUGAAAUGUGACAAUUUGCUUGUGAACAUGAAGGAUCCUUUACGGCCAAUAUGCAAGGUUGGAGAUUUUGGCCUGUCAAAAAUUAAGCGGAAUACCCUGGUGACCGGUGGUGUGCGUGGAACUCUACCUUGGAUGGCACCAGAGCUACUGAAUGGGAGCAGCAAUAAGGUUUCAGAAAAGGUUGACGUAUUCUCCUUUGGCAUUGUAUUAUGGGAGAUUCUUACUGGGGAGGAGCCAUAUGCUAAUAUGCACUACGGUGCAAUCAUAGGAGGUAUUGUGAACAACACAUUAAGACCUACAAUCCCAAGUUAUUGCGAUCUAGAAUGGAGAACACUGAUGGAGCAGUGUUGGGCACCUAACCCUGCAGUAAGGCCAUCCUUUACAGAAAUUGCGCGCCGCUUGCGCGUGAUGUCUGCAGCUGCAGCUCAAACCAAAGGACAAGGACACAAGGCAUCUAAAUGAUAAUCAACAGAUUUGAUCUGAUGCAAACAUUUCUAUAUGAAAUAAGUUAAAUACAUUCAAUUGAGGUAUAAAAAUGUAUAUGUGUUACAACUAUAUGAGGGACACUAGUAUAUGUUUGUAUUGUAAUUUUUUGGUCUCUCAGACCUGUUUUUUCUGUUGUUGAUUGUAUAGAGUAUAUAUGUCAAUAUGUGUGAAACCAUAUAUUAUAGGAUUGUUCAAACAACAUUUGUACUUAUGAUGUUAAUUCUACAGUGUGUUUUGUACUGCA